CUAUCACUGAGCACCUGCUCAUAUUUCAUUUCUCUCUCUAACCAGCAGCACAGUUUUAUCUCAUCUCUUUCUCUCUCUCUAGAAAUGGCCGCCAUGAGCUUCAGCUGCCGCCUCACCCCAGCCCUAUCCCUCCUCUCCUCCUCCGCGCGCCGCCUCCCCCUCUUUCUCUCCUCUCCUCUCUCUCUCCUCCCCAAACCCCUCUCUCUCUCUAAAAAGCCCCAGCGCCCCCUCUCUCUAAAGUCCCGCCCCUUCCACUCUACCGCCAUCAGGUCCGCCAUUACUGUGGGCGAGAAGCUCCCAGACGCCACACUUUCCUAUUUUGACCCCGCUGGGGAGCUCCAGACCCUGAAGGUCUCCGACCUCACCAGUGGCAAAAAGGUAAUCCUCAUUGCGGUGCCGGGUGCCUUCACCCCCACCUGCUCGCAGAAGCACCUCCCAGGUUUCGUUGAGAAAGCUUCGGAGCUGAAGGCGAAUGGAGUUGACUCCAUUGCCUGCAUCUCGGUGAAUGAUGCCUUUGUUAUGAAGGCUUGGAAAGAGAAUCUGAAGAUUGGUGACGAGGUCUUGCUCCUCUCUGAUGGCAAUGGCGAAUUUACCAGAGCUCUUGGUGUGACAUUGGACCUCAGUGAUAAACCAGUAGGCUUGGGGAUUCGGUCGAGGAGGUAUGCUCUCUUGGCUGAUGACGGUGUUGUCAAGGUCUUGAAUUUGGAGGAGGGCGGUGCAUUCUCAGUGAGCAGUGCAGAGGAUAUGCUUAAAGCUCUUUAGAGAGAGAGAGAGAGAGAGAGAGAGAGAGAGAGAGAGAGAGAGGUCUACUUUGCAGCUUGAGGUUAGAUAAGAUCACUCCUCUUUGCUCACUCUCUCUUCCCCCUUUUUUUGUUUUUAUUUUUUCCCUUUUCCAAUGAUGACUUGAAUUUUGGUUUGGUAAUAAUGGAAAUGGUUUCAUUUUCUUUGUUUUUGAGGUGAUUUGCAUUGUUUGCAAGUGAUUCAUUGAUUCAUUUAUGAUAGAAACCCUAAUUUUUCC